GCCCCGCCCCCACUGCGCUCGCCCCGCCCCACGCGGCCACCUGCUACCCAGAGCGCACCAGUGGAGGGCGCGGGAGCGCGCGCCCCGGCGCUAGCAAGGCCGGGAGGAUGGCGCGGGCCUCGCUGAUACAGCCGGGGCUCUGGGCGCUGCUGUUGCUGCAGGCAGUGGGCCCCGCCGUGGCCGCCAAGCUUAACAUUCCCAAGGUGCUGCUGCCCUUCACGCGAGCCACGCGUGUGAACUUCACUCUGGAAGCUUCUGAGGGCUGCUACCGCUGGUCAUCCACACGGCCAGAGGUAGCCAGCAUAGAGCCGUUGGGCUCUAGUGAACAGCAGUGCUCCCAGAAGGCAGUGGUGCAGGCCCGCCUGACCCAGCCAGCCCGCCUGACCAGCAUCAUCUUUGCAGAAGACAUCACUACAGGCCAGGUGCUGCGCUGCGACGCCAUUGUUGAUCUCAUCCACGGCAUUCAGAUUGUCUCUACCACCCGUGAGCUCUAUCUUGAGGACUCUCCUCUGGAGCUGAAGAUCCAGGCUCUGGACUCAGAAGGGAAUACCUUCAGCACCCUGGCAGGCCUGGUCUUUGACUGGACAAUUGUGAAGGAUACAGAGGCCAAUGGAUUCUCAGACUCCCACAAUGCACUACGAAUCCUCACCUUCUUGGAGUCUACAUAUAUCCCGCCUUCCUACAUCUCAGAGAUGGAGAAGGCAGCCAAACAGGGCGACACCAUCCUGGUGUCUGGGAUGAAGACUGGAAGCUCCAAGCUCAAGGCUAGAAUUCAGGAGGCUGUCUACAAGAAUGUUCGCCCUGCGGAAGUCAGGCUGCUGAUCUUGGAGAACAUCCUUCUGAAUCCAGCCUAUGAUGUUUACCUACUGGUGGGGACGUCCAUUCACUACAAGGUUCAGAAGAUCAGGCAGGGCAAGAUUACAGAACUCUCAAUGCCUUCCGAUCAGUACGAGCUGCAGCUCCAGAACAGCAUCCCAGAUCCCCAGGGAGACCCUGCCCGUCCUGUGGCCGUCCUGACCCAGGACACAUCAAGAGUCACUGCCAUGCAGAUGGGACAGAGCAACCUGGUCCUGGGCCACAGGAGUAUCCGUAUGCAAGGAGCUUCUAGGCUGCCCAACAGCACCAUCUAUGUGGUUGAAGCCGGGUACCUAGGCUUCACAGUCCACCCUGGUGACAGGUGGGUGCUUGAGACUGGACAUCUGUAUGCAGUUACCAUCGAAGUGUUUGAUAGAUCCAGCAACAAGGUCUACCCAUCUGACAACAUCCGAAUUGAAGCUGUGUUUCCUGCUGAGUUUUUUGAGGUUCUGUCGUCUUCCCAGAAUGGGUCUUAUCAUCAUGUCAGGGCUAUCCAGAGUGGCCAGACAACCAUCAGUGCAAGCCUCACCUCUGUGGUGGACCAGGAUGGAGGAGUCCAUGUGCUUCAGGUACCUGUAUGGAACCAGCAAGAAGUAGACAUUCAUAUACCCAUCACACUCUAUCCCAGCAUCCUGACAUUUCCAUGGCAACCAAAGACAGGAGCCUAUCAAUAUACCAUAAAGGCCCAUGGGGGCAGUGGGAACUUCACCUGGUCUUCCUCGAGCUACAUGGUUGCCACGGUUACUGUCAAGGGCGUCAUGACCACAGGCGGUGACACUGGCCUCAGUGUGAUCCGGGCACAUGAUGUUCAGAACCCUCUCCAUUUUGGUGAGAUGAAGGUGUAUGUGAUUGAGCCCAGCAGCAUGGAGUUUGCCCCGUGCCAGGUGGAGGCUCGAGUGGGUCACACCCUGGAGCUGCCCCUGACAAUCAGUGGCCUCAUGCCCGGUGGGAGCAGCGAGGUGGUCACCCUGAGCGACUGCUCCCAUUUUGACCUGGUGGUGGAGGUGGAGAACCAGGGUGUGUUCCAGCCAUUGCCAGGGAGGCUGCCGCCAGGGCCUGAGCACUGCAGUGGAGUCAAAGUGAGAGCUGAUGCCCAGGGGUCCACCACCCUCCUUGUCAGCUACACACAUGGCCAUGUGCACUUGGGUGCAAAGAUCACUCUUGCUGCCUACCUGCCCCUCAAGGCUGUGGAUCCCUCUUCUGUUGCUGUGGUAACCCUGGGAUCCUCAAAGGAGAUGCUGUUUGAAGGAGGCCCCAGGCCAUGGGUCCUGGAACCUUCCAAAUUCUUUCGGAAUGUCACUUCUGAAGACAUGGGCAGCAUCAGUCUCUCUCUCUUGGGUCCUCCAGCUUCCCGGAAUUACCAACAGCACCGGGUCCUUGUGACCUGCCAGGCCCUGGGUGAGCAGGUCAUCGCUCUGUCCGUGGGGAACCGGCCCAGCCUCUCUAACCCCUUCCCUGCUGUGGAGCCCACUGUGGUGAAAUCCGUCUGCGCCCCACCGUCCAGGCUUACUCUCAUGCCUGUCUAUGCCCUCCCGCAGCUCGACCUCUCUUGUCCAUUGCUGCAGCAGAAUAAGCAGGUGGUUCCAGUAUCCAGUCACCGCAAUCCCCUGUUAGACCUGGGUGCCUAUGACCAACAAGGCCGGCGAUUCGAUAACUUCAGCUCUCUGAGCAUCCAGUGGGAGUCCUUUCGGCCACUGCUGGCCAGCAUUGAGGUUGACCAGCCCAUGCAGCUGGUAUCCCAGGAUGAUGGGAAUGGCCAAAAGAAACUACAUGGUUUGCAGACAGUUUCGGUUCACGAGGCAUCAGGAACCACAGCCAUCUCUGCCACGGCGACUGGCUACCAGCAGUCCCACCUGAGUGCAGCCGGAGUGAAGCAGCUGCCUGACUCUCUAGUACCUGUGUCAGCCUCCAUUGAGCUUAUACUCGUAGAGGACGUGAGGGUCAGUCCGGAAGAAGUGACCAUCUAUAACCAUCCUGGUGUCCAGGUAGAACUCCACAUCACAGAAGGCUCUGGCUACUUCUUCCUCAACACAAGCACCCAGGACAUCAUCAAGGUGGCCUACCAGGACACCCGGGGCGUGGCUAUGGUGCACCCUCUGUUCCCAGGCUCAUCAACUGUCAUGGUCCAUGACUUGUGCCUGACCUUCCCAGCCCCAGCAAAGGCCACCAUUCAUGUCUCCGACAUCCAGGAGCUCUAUGUCCGAGUGGUGGACAAGGUGGAGAUCGGGAAGGCUGUCAAGGCCUAUGUCCGUGUGUUGGACUUCUACAAGAAGCCUUUCCUGGCCAAGUACUUCACCUUUAUGGACCUGAAGCUGCGAGCAGCCUCCCAGAUCAUCACGCUGGUGACUCUGGAUGAAGCUCUAGACAACUACACGGCCACAUUCCUCGUGCACGGCGUGGCCAUUGGCCAGACCAGCCUGUCGGCAAGCGUGACGGACAAAUCUGGGCAGAGAGUCAGCUCCACUCCACAACAGAUCGAGGUCUUCCCCCCGUUCAGACUGAUACCAAGGAAGGUGACACUGAUUAUUGGAGCCAUGAUGCAGAUCACCUCCGAGGGCGGCCCCCAGCCUCAGUCCAACAUCCUCUUCUCCAUCAACAAUGAGAGUGUGGCAGCAGUGAGCAGCGCCGGGCUGGUGCGUGGGCUCAUGGUUGGCAAUGGCUCUGAUCACGUGGAAGUAGAGGUGCUACAGCUCCAGGCGGUGAGGAUCCGAGCCCCGAUCACACGAAUGAGGACCGGGACCCAGAUGCCUGUCUAUGUCACCGGGAUCACCAGCAACCAGAGCCCUUUCUCCUUUGGCAAUGCUGUGCCAGGCCUGACCUUCCACUGGUCUGUCACCAAGAGGGAUGUCCUGGACCUUCGAGGACGGCACCAUGAGGUGUCAAUCCGGCUCUCGCCUCAGUACAAUUUUGCCAUGAAUGUGCAUGGCCGGGUGAAAGGUCGGACUGGACUGCGGGUGGUGGUCAAAGCUCUGGACCCCACAGCUGGGCAGCUGCAUGGUCUCGGCAAGGAGCUCUCAGAUGAGAUCCAAAUUCAGGUAUUUGAAAAACUGCGGCUGCUGAACCCUGAAGUAGAAGCAGAGCAAAUACUAAUGUCACCUAACUCGUUUAUAAAGCUGCAGACAAACAGGGAUGGUGCAGCCAUUCUGAGCUACCGGGUCCUCGAUGGGCCUGAGAAGGUUCCCAUCGUGCACAUUGAUGAGAAGGGCUUUCUGGUGUCCGGCUCUGGGAUUGGAGUGUCCACCCUCGAAGUGAUUGCACAGGAGCCUUUCGGCACCAACCAGACUGUCCUUGUUGCUGUAAAGGUCUCUCCUAUUUCAUACCUGAGGAUCUCCAUGAGCCCAGUCCUGCACACUCAGCACAAGGAGGUGCUGACGGCUCUGCCUCUGGGGAUGACUGUGACCUUCACUGUCCACUUCCACGACAGCUCUGGAGACAUCUUCCACGCUCAUAAUUCAGACCUCAAUUUCGCUACUAACAGAGAUGACUUCGUGCAGAUUGGCAAGGGGGCCACCAACAACACCUGCAUCAUCCGCACAGUCAGUGUGGGCUUGACACUGCUCCACGUGUGGGAUGUGGAGCAUCUCGGCCUCUCCGACUUCGUGCCACUACCUGUCCUGCAGGCCAUCACCCCAGAGUUGUCUGGAGCUGUGGUGGUGGGCGACAUCCUCUGCCUGGCUAGCGUUCUCAUUAGCCUGGGAGGUGUCUCAGGGACCUGGAGCUCCUCAGCUGGCAAUGUCCUCUAUGUUGACCCCAAGACAGGCGUGGCUAUAGCCCGAGAUGCAGGGCCUGUGACUGUUUACUAUGAAAUCGCUGGACAUCUGAAGACCUUCAAGGAGAUAGUGGUCGGCACCCCUCAGAAGAUUGUGGCCCGUCGCCUCCACUCCACGCAGACCAGUAUCCAGGAAGCCACAGCCUCUAAAGUGACUGUCAGCGUGGGAGACAGGAGCUCUAACCUACUUGGUGAGUGCUCCCCUGCCCAGCGAGAGGUCAUUGAAGCCUUGCACCCAGAGUCCCUCAUCAGCUGCCAACUCCAGUUCAAGCAAGAUGUCUUUGACUUCCCUGCUCGUGACAUCUUCUCUGUGGAACCAGAAUUUGAUGCUGCACUGGGCCAGUACCUCUGCUUGGUUACUAUGCACAGGCUGACAGAUAAGCAACUGAAGCACUUGAACAUGAAGAAGACAUCACUGGCAGUCACCGCCUCCAUGCCUAGCAGCCGUAUCUCUGUAGAAAAGGUGGGAGCCGAGGUCCCCUUCAGUCCAGGGCUCUAUGCCAACCAGGCAGAAAUCCUUUUGAGCAACCACUACCCCAGCUCCGAGGUCAAGAUCUUCGGUGCUGUGGAAAUUCUGGAAAACCUGGAGGUGAGGUCCGGGUCCCCAGCAGUGCUAGCCUCCGUGAAAGAGAAGUCAUUUGGGCUGCCCAGCUUCAUCACGUACACAGUUGGUGUCUUGGAUCCCACAGCUGGCAGCCAAGGUCCUCUGUCCACUGCCCUGACCUUCUCCAGCCCUGCCACUAACCAGGCCAUCACCAUUCCAGUCACUGUGGCCUUUGUGUUGGAUCGUCGUGGGCCUGGUCCCUAUGGAGCCAGCCUCCUGUCACACUUCCUGGACUCCUAUCAAGUCAUGUUCUUCACCUUUUUUGCCCUGCUGGCUGGGACAGCAGUCACCAUUAUAGCCUACCACACGGUCUGUGCACCCCGGGAACUUGCUUCACCCCUGGCCCUCACGCCCCGUGCCAGCCCUCAGCACAGCCCCCACUAUCUUGCCUCAUCUCCGACUGCUUUCAACACACUGCCUUCUGAUCGCAAAGCCAGCCCUCCCUCAGGGCUCUGGAGCCCAGCCUAUGCCUCUCACUAGGCAGUGUGCAGGGCUGGUUUUGCUACACAGCUGAACUGACACCUGGACAAAAGGGUCACUGUCGUUUUCACACGGGGUAAAACCACGCCUGGGCCCUAGGCCGUCCUCACUGCCCUGGCUGUGCUGAACCACUGCCUGAUUCACACAAGCAAGGGUUUUUAAUUUGUUUGCUUUUAAUUCUCUUUCCAAGCCUUGAGGGCCAGUGCUUCCUGGUUCCCUCUUUCUCAUGUGGCGUGCAGGAUUUGGGGGUGCUGCUUAGUCUUGUUUUUGUAAUGCUCAAGAAAGCUCACUCUCUGUUCCUGGCUUUAAGUGGCUGGAGGCUGUCUACAUCAUCUACAGAUGAAGCCAUCGUAGCGAUCUCAGGGAAAGGAUGUCCUCAUCACUCCUGGGGCUUUCGUGGUGCUUGGAGUAGAACCCAGGGUCUCACGCCUGCUUGCCAAUUGUUUGUCCACUGGCACGUGCACACACCAGCCCUUUUUUGUUUUGUUUUGUUUUGUUUUCAUGAAUACUUGUCCUGCUGCUACUAGGAAAUGUGGAGGACAAGCAGGUGUGGGUGUCCCCUAGGGGACACUGCCCAGAGCCCUGUGCUGCCUGAGCCUUCCUGUGCUUGUUACUGAGCCUCAGCAGAGUAGCCCUCCUGUUUCGGCAGAAGGGCUUCUGUCACUGGCGUUGGAGUGCCUCUCACUCUCCCUGACGCAGCUUGGGAAGAGCAUUGUUGGCCCUGCCCUGAAGCCACUGGCGGGGAUCUUCUGAUCUCUGGCUUUGUUCUGAGAUGCUGCUAUGAGUUGUGGAGCCGAGAGACCUAGUGUGAUCUGUUCUUCUGCCCUGGAAGACCCCGAACGCAGUACCUUGGUGGAUGUGAACCACCCUAUUCGCCCUCCUCUCCUCCUCCUCUGCCACCAGCGCUCUCCUAGCUGGCCCAGGAACAGAAGAGGAUUCCUUGAGUCUAUAACUUCACAUCUGAACUCAGGGACAUGGCCACUCUGCUUCAGGUUCAGGUGCUGUGGCACUGUCAGAACCAGAACCUCACGAGUGGACGUGUAUGGGCACACGUCAGUCACCAAGAGUUCAGUCAGCCUUUGAAGGUCUUAUGUGGUUCCUUGUAUCCUUUGAGACUGAGCCACAAGAUGGACUUUUCUGGAGCUGGGGACAGAGGAUUUGUGCCCAGCCUAUCGCUUAAUCUCCCCCUGGAGUUAUUAUGGAAUCUGCCCUGCAUUUGUUUAAUAAAGUUCUGUGUAGUUUCUUAAAGGA